UUCAUAUAUUUAUUCGAGCCUUCUUUUGAUAGGUUGAAUCAGGCAUCAUUUCAGUCUUCAAAUGUGUGUGAUAUAGACUGGAAACAUCAUGUCCUCAUAGGAGAUUACUCCUCUUCUGCCCAAUUCUAUGUCACCUUUGCAGUCUUUGUGUUCCUGUACUGCAUUGCCGCCCUCCUGCUCUAUGUCGGCUACACGAACCUGUACCGGGACAGUCGUAAGCUUCCCAUGAUUGACUUCAUUGUUACUAUUGUUGCCACUUUUUUGUGGUUGGUGAGUACUUCGGCCUGGGCUAAAGCUCUUACAGAUAUUAAAGUAGCUACGGGUCCCAGGAUUGUUCAAGAACUUGCGCCGUGUAAACAGCCAGAAGAGUGUUAUUUUGGUGUGACAAGUAUGGGCUCCCUAAAUGUAUCUGUGAUCUUUGGCUUCCUGAAUAUGAUACUGUGGGGAGGAAAUGCUUGGUUUGUGUACAAGGAAACCAGCUUACACAGUCCCUCAAAUACUGCUAUGUGA